AUGUCUAAGCUCAUCGGAAAGGCCGUCCAAGGCAUAUCCGCAGGCAUAGGCCUCGCUGGUGAGAAGUACUACGAUCGUAAAGAGCGCAAGGCAGCACUGGCGCAACAAGGGGAACCAAGCCGCAGCACAGAAAACCACGACCAAGGGGGAGUCCAAGACAUAGACGACGAGACAAACGAGAAGUCUAUCACAGACGAGGAGACGGCCGACGAUGAACGAAUCUGGGCGCUAGACGAAGCCGCUGGUCCUCCUCCGGCUUACGAGGCUAUCAAUUCGAGCCCCGACCAGGUCAUCGCAGAGCUCGCACACACCGUCGCCGAAGCGAACAACCACCAAGUACAGAUACAUAGUGGAGAAGUAUCGCGACUCCCUAACCCUGUCAUUAUUCCACAGAGGCGACCAGGGUCAAAAGCGCGAGGGUGGACGCGUGCAUAUGCUCCGGAUCUUGAGCCACUUGGUAUUGACCAAGAUACCUUCAUGAAGUUUCUGGAAAGCUGGGAUAAGUCCGCACAAGGGUCGCCUUGGUUCAAGGCAGUGGCUUUGACAGCUGGCAUAGUCGGUAUGGCCAUGCCAGGUCCAAUAGUUAUGGGUGUCACGACUGCGGUGUCGAUUGCUGCUCAGGCUGGCUACGAACUUCAAGGUAGAGCUAAAGCGAACAAUUUCCUCGACCAGAUGAAUAAAGAUGUCUUCAUGCCCGCAGGGCUCUACGCGAUGGUCAUAAUCUGUAAACAAGAUGCCAGCGUCACCGGCGGCAUCCAACUUAGCAUGGAGACAGUGAACCUUGAGAACGCGAAAAAUGUUUCGAAAUGGGGAAUGCCAGGUGAUGGCCAAAAACCCACAUCAAAAUCCGCCAAGUUCACGCAUCCCAUCCGCCUAGCAUCCGGCAAAGCGAACGUCGACGAGAUGCCGCUGGAGAUCGCACCUCUUAUCUAUCCCGGCCUUGACGACAUGAUCCAACGACCGGAGCUCAAGCGCGACGAGAGUUUCAAGGAAAGGAUGAUGCGGAACAAGGGCUUCGUUGCUGACUAUUUCGAUCGGAGGGCACAGGCAGAUUUCUCGGGCAACAAUCCGGAUGCCGCGCUUACAAAAGCUCAUGGAGAUGCACCAGAAUUCAAGACCCGCUUUGCAGAUCCGAACAACGCCUGCAACAACGGACACUUGGUUUCACUCGUGACAGGUGGGAAGGUCGUCGUGCAAGGCCGUGGGCUGCUUGGCAUCCGUGUUGGAGGUGGUGGUAGUAGUGGGCGUCAGCGCGGCGGACUCCUCAGCAGUGCACUUUCAGCAGCUAGAGGUCCUCAAGAAAGUGGCAUUGUCGGUGGUAGAAGUAGAAGCGAAGACAGCCGCGGUGGUCUCCUCGGCGCAGGAGAAAGCUUAGUCGCUAACGGACAACACGGAAGUUCCCCAGGCUACGACUAUGACGGUGCCUACGAAUAUAGUAGAAGAGGCCCCAGGCUUCAAGACCGUCUCGGACAGCGUAGACAAGCCCGUGGACCUCAAUACCGGGACGUUGGCGAAGACGGUAAGCUGCUGCCCAAAGUGAAACAACCGGCGCAGCGGCCUAGAGGGCCGAUAGGAUAUGCUAUCAAGGGUGUGAAGAAGGCUCUCAAGGCGGAUGUAUUGUACCUGACAAUCGUCAACUUGCCGACGGAGGAGGAGAUGGAGAUGGCGAGAGAAGCACUGGGCAUGGAUAAGAAGAGUUGGCAAGAGAUCAUCCUGGGAAUGAGGAGAAGAUGA